AGUGAGGCUUGCAGCAGGCGGCCGAGGAGCCGCGGCGCGCGGCGGCGGCAGGAAGUCUGUGCCAGCGCCGAGCAGAAAGCAGACCCAGGGAGGGACCGCGGUGGCGAGAGCGAAAGAGGAAACUGCAGAGGAGGAAGCGCUGCCGCAGCCCGGCCGCUGGCCCCCGGAGAGCAUCCCCGCCCGCCGAUCUCCGCAGCCUGUCGCCCCCGGGUCCGGGCCGCUGCCCCCUCCUCGCGCCCCCUCCCCGGCGCGCCCCCGGCCGCUCCGCCUGCCGCCCUCGGCGCCCGCCGCGCUGCCAUGGCCCGGGAGAACGGCGAAAGCAGCUCCUCCUGGAAAAAGCAAGCCGAGGACAUCAAGAAGAUUUUCGAGUUCAAGGAGACCCUCGGGACCGGGGCAUUCUCUGAGGUGGUUUUAGCUGAGGAAAAGGCUACUGGAAAGCUCUUUGCGGUGAAGUGUAUCCCCAAGAAGGCACUGAAGGGCAAGGAAAGCAGCAUCGAGAACGAGAUUGCCGUACUGAGGAAGAUUAAGCAUGAAAACAUCGUCGCCUUGGAGGACAUUUAUGAAAGCCCCAACCACUUGUACCUGGUCAUGCAGCUUGUGUCUGGUGGAGAGCUGUUUGACCGGAUAGUGGAGAAGGGAUUUUACACAGAGAAGGAUGCCAGCACCCUGAUCCGCCAGGUCUUGGAUGCUGUGUACUACCUCCACAGAAUGGGCAUCGUCCACAGGGACCUCAAGCCCGAAAAUCUGUUGUACUACAGUCAAGACGAGGAGUCCAAAAUAAUGAUCAGCGACUUUGGAUUGUCCAAAAUGGAGGGCAAAGGAGACGUGAUGUCCACAGCCUGUGGGACCCCUGGCUAUGUCGCUCCUGAAGUCCUUGCCCAGAAACCUUACAGCAAAGCCGUUGACUGCUGGUCCAUCGGGGUGGUCGCCUAUAUCUUGCUCUGUGGCUACCCACCCUUUUAUGACGAGAACGACUCCAAACUCUUUGAACAGAUCCUCAAGGCCGAAUAUGAGUUUGACUCCCCCUACUGGGAUGACAUCUCCGACUCAGCUAAAGACUUCAUUCGGAAUCUGAUGGAGAAGGAUCCAAAUAAAAGAUACACCUGUGAGCAGGCAGCUCGCCACCCAUGGAUCGCUGGCGACACGGCCCUCAACAAAAACAUCCACGAGUCCGUCAGUGCCCAGAUCCGAAAGAACUUCGCCAAGAGCAAGUGGAGGCAAGCCUUCAAUGCCACGGCCGUCGUGAGGCACAUGCGGAGACUCCAUCUCGGCAGCAGCCUCGACAGCUCGAACGCAGGUGUGUCGAGUGCCUUCCGUUCAGCUGGCCAAAAAGAUUGCCUGGCGUCCUCCACCCUCUGUAGUUUCAUGUCCUCUCCGUCGGGGGUCUCCGGAGUCGGGACGGAGAGGAGACAGCGACCCACCACCGUGGGCACAGGGCACACCUGCAGCAAGUGACGGGCCUGGGUGGGGCCGGGGGCCGGGGAGGGGCAGGGCCGCCUCCGCCCAGGACCCUGCAGGGGGAUCCACCUGCCCGCACCGGACUGGAAGACGCUGCGUGUUUUUUUAUGGCCAUAUUUUAUACUGCGAUUCCGAAGUCGUUCAUUUCUCACAAACUCUGUGACUCAAGGGGAGCUGUUUCAGUCGGGUCUGGAGCUGCACACACGAGUCUUGGGAAGCUCUAGCUGAACGGAACUUCUUACCCCUCUCCCCCAAGGCCCUGCCUUUUCCGCUCUUUGGGGUGUAGCUCACCGUCCAUGUCGCGUUUUUUCAUUAACGACAAAAAAAGGUUUCAACUGGAUUAUUUAAGUAUCGGUAAAUAUUGUGCGUUAGGGUUUGUAUUUUUUUUUUUCUUUCAGGAAGUAUGUCCUUUCUUUCUAUACCUAUAAGUUCCAUGACCUAUUUCUUUUGCUCUUCAAUAAGUAGAAAUUUAUGUUAACCCUUUAAGAGAUAUUUUUUUUUUUCAUCUGAGGGGAAUGUAAAGGUAUUUUUUAAAAAUUCUAACAAGAGGAUCAAGAAUCUGUCUUUAAGGCUGAGUGCACUUUACGCCUGUCCUUUUUGCUCCCCUUUUUGGGAGAGGCAGCCCCCAAAGAAGACAACUCAGUGGCUCUGCAGGGCUGUCUUCUCCCCAGUGAGGUUCUGGAAGGGAACCUGCAGAAAACGAUGUCCUAGCAACUCCUGCGGCCACCUCCUCGCCCACCAGGGCCCCUCAGGGUCGGGAACGAAGACGCCUGCUCACCCCAGACCCAGCUGAACCUUCUUGGAAGGAGAGACUCACAAAGAAGGGUUCCACACACCCCGUCUGCAGGAGCGAGUUCCUGCCCCACAACUCUCCUUCCUCACGAGGGCCAGCCCCGAGGAAAGCUCUGCUCUCAGGCUGUGCAGUUUUAAAUCAACCUCUCUGUUUUUUAAACAUGCAUUUCUAGAGUGACACUUAAAAUGGCCUCGUACUCACCCAGGGAUGCUCACCCUAUACUUAGAUGAAUGUUCCGAGGGCGGGGAGGGCAGUGGAUUUUGAGGAGAUCCCAUUGCUCUAAGGUCUGGCCAAGUGGGCAGUCCCCAAGCCACGCACAGCCAGCCAGAGAGGACCUUCACCAGGCCCAGCAUCUGAAAACCAAAGACCAUGGUUGUAGGGUCACCGACGUCCCAGUCGGCCCGGGAUUGGAAGAUUUCCCAGGAGGGGGACUCUGAGCGCUAAAACCUGGACAGUUCAAGGCCAACCAGGGCCGCAGCUCACCAGGGCGUGGUUAGGUGUGCCGAUGGCAUGGGCCCCAGGGGACAUGCUUUUCAAGCAGCUUUGAGGAUGCUCGUGUAGAGCCGAGCAGGUGUCUCCAAAGACCAGCUUCCCUCCAGGCCCUGAGUCCGAAUCCCGGAUGGUCGAGCUGUGCCCAAUGGGUGGGUGUCACUGCUGCGGGCUCCAUGCCCCACCCUCUUCACUUGCAGCCUGCUGCACGGGGCCUGCUGGUCAUGCCAGCUGUGUCAUGUCCACACUUUGUCUGUACCCAAGCUGAAAUGUUUCAGCAGUGCCCCUCCCAACCAAACCCAUGCACACUCAUGUGCACACACACAUGCACACACAGGGCUAUAGGCCCAGCAGCUCCAUUUGCCUCCAGGAAGAUGUUAGUCCAAGCAUGUCCGGGUACAGCUGCAGAGACAGGCAAGAGUUGUAGGUCUCAGCUGCUUGGCAGAAUCCUGCUCACCACUGCCCUGCAGGGUGAACAUCAAGCUGUCUGAAACCUCUACAAGGCCUAGAAAAGUCGGUAAAAUGACCACAGGCCCCGGUAAGAAGCAGGGUGCCCUGAGCUGGAAAUGUGUCCACCCUCCACCUGCAGAAGGGGCAUACCUGGACAUCAUGGGCAGUUGUUGAGAAAAUCGCUGCGUUUCCAGGUGUGUUACAAUGUUCCUUAUGAACAAGCGCUGCAGAAGCAUCCAAGUUCAUCCAGUGGAAGCAGGAAAUAGGAUGCUGCCGAGUCGGGGGUGAUUUACCCAGAUUUGAUACCAAGAACGUGUGCUUGAACAGUUGUCAGCUCUUUGUGCCAUGUGCUGUGGUCGUUUGCAUCUAGAAGGCAACAUUUGGAGCCAAAGCCUAUCAUUGGGGAUGAAAAUACUUGCUGGAGCCAGUCUUCGGGGUGCAGGGUACAUGCAGUGAGUCUGAAGUCUGGCCCACUGAGUGCAGGGUGGCUGGGAGGGGAGCCUGUCGCAGGAGCUCUGUAUGCCAUCCAGGGUCCGUGCUUGCCCCCGUUCUGGUCCCAGGAACAGAGCGGGAGGAGGGGGUGUUGGCUUCCAGCCUUGUUGGACGUGACAUCAGAGCAAGCCCAUGCUAUCUUGAACCCACCAGAUUUUGGUUAUUCCUUGAUGGGAGCCCCUAUUUUGGGAAGGGGGAAUAUGAAUUCUGCACAGACGAGCUUUUGCUUUAGGGGUAAAUGGACGGGGUUGCUCUCUUUCACCUGCUCUUGGUUUUAUUUAAGUUUUAUUACAAAAUGGGCGAGAACCCAGAAGGAACCUCAUGUUACGACCUGGCGAGUGACGUGACAUUCUCCGGGGACCCUUACGGAUGUCAGAUUCCGCAGGUAGUCACUGCGUGCCGAGGGAUGACCGUGGCCACAGGUGGACACUCAGGCCCCACUGCAGGUGUCCUUCUGAACCCCAAGUCCCCCCCCCUUGCAGCCUCCUCACCUUUUCAGAGCAAGUCGGGUUUUAUCUUCUCAGUUGAUGUUGAAAUAGUGUCCCGGAAAGGGCUCUCCCUCGGCAACCUGUCUGCCCCUGCCUCAUUGCCUAGCCUUUCAUCUCCUAAAUGAGGCACUAAGCAGGGCUGCUUUUGUGUGAAACAGAUGGCGAGUCCGUGCCCGCAGACACCCGUGACACCCGGCAGGCUUUGGGAAGUGUUGCUCCUCUACCAAGGGAUCUCUGGAGUUCUUUGGCUGCCCACUGCUUUCCCACAACCCCUCCCCUGCCCCUCACUGAGCACACCUGGGUCUCAGCUUCAGGUUGGGUGGGGUGAAGACAGUUGGAGCUGAGAGGGAGGGAGAGUCUGGACAGACAGACGGCCACUUGGGCAGCUGGGACUCUUGGGGAAGGCAGUGGCUAAUUGUCAUACCUUCCUACCGCCCCAUCCAUGAUCCCAGUUCCCCCACUUCAAACUUCCUUUCGUAAGAAAAGACGUCUGCAGAAAGCACACCCCAAGAGCAGGCAUGGCUUGGUGUUGCUGAUGUGGGCAUUGCUUCUGGUCACUUCUAAAAUCUCGCAGCAAGAAAAGGCUCAACCUCCCAGGUACGGGAGCCCAUGGCCUUUGAGAGAGUCCGACUCCUCAACCAGCCCGUAGCUUUAGGGAACCCGGUAAUCUGGCUUAGGGAAAACAGAGGUGUCUUUGGCUCAGUAGGCCAAGUGUUGGCAGUUUGAUAAAAGGAAUUUGGUAUGUGGAGCCCCGGAUUCAGUUUACCUGCUUGCCCUCAUCCCAUCCUGUCCCCUUGUCUACCAUGGUGUCCAGCGCGUCCCGGGUGAAUUACAGGGUAGAGGGCGAUCGGAACAGAAGCCAAGAACACCAGGAACAUAGUUGGGGGAGCCCAGCUGCCCCCCUCCUCAAAGGGGGUGACCCCCUUUCAUGGGAUGACAGCCUAUCUGAUGAGCCCACUGGGGCUUGACAUCUUAUGAACAACUUGAAACAGAAAGAAAUGCCAGCUGAGAGAGCUUCCGUGUUUUACAGCUUGGGGUGCCAUGGCCUGUGGGCCCAGCCAGGGUGAUGCUUCACACUGGGGAGGCCACACUGACAUCAUCUCCCCAGGGCAGGGGGGACAGGGGAAUCAGGGCCUGCUCCUCUGCCUCAGCCGGCCACACUCCCUGCUUUGAAUAAUCCAGCCAGGGUGCUCUCCCAUGUCAGCCAAGGAAUGGAAGGGCCUCUGGUUCCAACCCCCAGAUCCUCUGCAUGUUACUAAAGAGUACUUCUCUCACUUUCCGUCCACUCAUGCUCUGCGAAGUCUGCCUUUUCCUUAAACACAUUCCAGACCAAACACUGUUCAGUUUGUUUCAAAAAAAAAAAAAAAGAAAAUUGUAUAUACCUGUAUGUAACCCACCAUCCUUUUGGGGGUAGCUGGUCCUGUGUUAGGGCUGGAAAAGUGUACCUGACAUUUGCAAAACUGUUCCAGUCCUUGGAUUCUCGGAUUUGAAAAUGUUUGGAUGGAAAGGCUGAUUUGGGAAAACGGAUUCCUCAAAAAGGGAUGAUUUCCGGAAGAUACCGUGAAAAUUAGCACGCGGGUGGGUUAGCCUGGGAACCUCUCCCGUGGGCAGCUGGAGGAGGAAGAUAAGGCCGUGCCCCAGCACCCAGAACCCUCACGGGCCCCCCUUCACGGCGGCCUGCAGCACGAGGUCCACCGGGGGGUCCCCCCACCCCACACCUCUGCCCGAUGCACCCGAGCACCCAGAGGGCCACCUCCCUGCCACUGCAAACCUCAGCAUGCGGCUUGCCCAGUGUGUUCUGUGGGCCAAGCCUGCUACGGAAUGGCUUCGGUUUCUAUACUUUUCUACACCAAAGGGACAGACUGUCGCUUUAACCCUUUGUACCAAUGCCGUUUCUGCGUCCACCACAGACAUUUGUAACCUUUUGGUCUCCAGGGAACUUCUCAUACGAUUAAUACGUCUUCUGAUGAUUAUUUGCCGUAUUUGUUUUACUUGUGGGUGAUUUUAUUUUCUUAGGGAUGGGAAAAAAGAAAAUGCAAGGAGGGUUUUGAGGUCUUGGUCAUUGAGUACAGGCAUUGCCAGGGACUCAGAAAGCCCCAAGCACUUGCUUCUCGAAGGAAAAUCUUAGUCUGGACAUACGAAGACCGUCUGGCUCUCCUGUCUGUCCUGAGCGUCAAAGAGCAAGGGCCCUGGGGUCGGGGCUGGCAGCCAGGCUCAGGAUAGAGCUAAAGCACGGACAAGAAUGUUAGCUUGAAAUCCAUGCUGCCAGCCCCAGCAGGAAAGCCGGCUAUCCUGUGCUCCUCCCCAAAGAUUCUGGCUUGUCAGACAUGCAAAAGGUGCAAAAAUGGCAGCAGAGAUGGUGCGACACUAUAGCAGCAUCUUUGUUCCGGAAGACAGGGCGGUGUAUUCCAGAGAACAUUUUUAUCCUAGUCCCACAGUUAAGGCUAGAAGACAUAAAAGGCACAUUCUGUCCAGAAUCAAAAUCAGAGCAAUUUCUAAAUUGGCUCUCAUUGCUACACAUAAUAUAUCUGCCCCUCUGUUUGCUCCCCAGCAGUGAGCAUGUUUUUCAAAAGCUUCCAACGUCGAACCCAGGAAUGUUCCUGCGUCUGUUUUUCCCAGGCUUGCGAUUGGUUCAAUUUUCCCAUAAAAACAUGCUUGUCCAAAAGAAGGAAGUUGUGCGUUUACUCCAUGCAUGUAACAAACUGCAAGAAGUUUAACCCGCAUAGGUUUGCGACACUGCAAAAUUGUUCAUGGGCCUAUGUAGCAAAUGAUUCUCUGCCUUGACAAUCAUGUACACAUAUCAAGAUUUCUAUCAUAAUGAUAAUGAGAUUGAUGACUUCUUGUUUUCCUCCAAUAAAGACAAUUAGUCACCCUCAGA